AUCGAUCGGAAGCACUCCGGCCUCUGUUUCCCGAGAGAACGAACACGAUGUAUGGUUGAAGUUAUACGGAUAUGACAAACCAGCCAAGCCUGAAUUUAAGUUUGAGUUAGGUGAUAAGGUUAGAAUUAGUAAAAACAAAUUAACGUUUGAAAAGGGGUACAUUCCUAACUGGACCGAAGAGAUAUUUAUCGUUCACAAAAGACGAAAGACACCCCUUCCUACCUACAAACUGAGAGACUGGAAUGACGAGGAAAUACAGGGUAGUUUUUACGAAGCUGAAUUGCAAAAGGUUACAAAAUCGGAUGACGACAUAUUUAAAAUAGAGAAAGUUAUAAGAAAACGUAAACGAGGUGGAAAGACUGAAUUCUUUGUUAAAUGGUUAGGUUAUCCCGCAAAAUUUAACAGUUGGGUUGAGAGAUUAGAGGG